UUCUAAGGAACGUCAAGGAAACUGCCUCUUUUCAAUGGCCUCUAGCGACUAAAUCAAAAGCAAGUCUGGAUAGUAUAAUACAUGGAUUUAAGAGUCAAUGUAGAGGUGGUUACUCGGGAACAGUGGGGAGCAGUAGCCCCUCGAUGCCGGGAGACCCUUAAGUGUCCUGCUCAAAGAGUUGUCAUACACCACACUGCACUGUUGCACUGCGGGUGCAUCCGAGAAUGUAUGGACCAGCUCAUCCACAUACAGACAAUGCAUAUGCAGGAUAGGAACUUUGAUGACAUUGGAUACAACUUUCUUAUUGGGGGAGAUUGCACAGUGUAUGAGGGGCGAGGCUGGGGUGUUGUGGGUGCACAUACCAAGGACAAUAACCGUGACUCUUUGGGCAUUGCCCUCAUGGGCAACUUCAACAAUGAGAGCCCCAGUCCAGCAGCCCUGUCAUCUGUUAAACGGCUCCUGCAGUGUGGGGUUUCCCAGGGGCAUUUGCACCCUGGAUUUACCCUGCUUGGGCAUAGAGACCUGGGGGACACCGAAUGUCCUGGGGAGAGACUAUAUGCUGCACUAAAACAUCUAAAAUUUCCCUGAACAUAACCUCUUCCACAGGCUCAAUUGCUACUGGUUCGACAGAGAGAGAGUCGGGUGGUGAAAGAGAUUACCCUGAACAGCACACUGAACAUUUUGGGACUUCCUUGUGUGUUUUUAAACCACUAGAUGGGGCAAUGACGCUUUAUCGUAGCCAUGGCCUAUAACGCAUACUCUUUUUUCACAAGCAUUUCACUACACCCGCAAUAACAUCUGCUAAACACUUGUAUGUGACCAAUAAAAUUUGAUUUGAUAAUGGAGUUUCCCAAACUCAGUCCUGCCCCCCUGGGUGCACGUUUUUGUUUUUGCCCUGGCACUACACAGCUGAUUCAAAUGACCAACUCACCAUCAAGUUUUGAUUAUUUGAAUCAGCUAUGUAGUGGACCAUUAGACCACUUUAUAUAUCUGUGUUUUGUAGAGGACAUACGUGGGCAAUGUACAGUUUGUCAGAUUGAUGAUUUGGCAAUUGAUGUGCAAGCGGCUUCAGAAAUCUGUUGUAAAUCGCCACCCAUUCAGUGUAAUUGUAGAGGCAAAAUAUUAAGGUUGUAAAAUGCGUCUGUUUAGAUUAGACUAAACAUUAUUAUUUAUUUGGGUAUUCACAUAAAAUUGUCCACAUACCAUUAUGUUCCUUUUUCUAUGAGUGUGCUGCUAUAAGGUGUUCUAGGAAAUAAGAACUGAGAAGGGUGUAAGGGUAACUUACACUGAGUAAAUAAAUAAAAAAUAUGCUGC